GUGUAAUAUCUUACUAUGAUACAGUUGUUAUGGGAAGGUAACUUGGAUGACCUGAGUGUGCUGCUUUUUUGUCUCUACUGGGAUGAAGAUGUAUUAACAAACUUUGCAUUUCCUGCGUGUCACGAAAUCUUUAUAAAACUGAGAGCCUGCUGUCUGUGUUUGUCACACCAUCAAGGCUGUCCGGUGAGUAUGUUUCAGGUGGAUGAGAACUACACCCGCGUGACAGAGUUUGUUAUUGUGGGCUUCCCAAGUCUGCAGCCGGAGUAUUUUGACUUAGUGGCAUGGGUCUUCUUCUUCCUUUAUGUGACCACAGUGGUGGGCAACCUUCUGCUACUGGUUGUUUUUGCUUUGAACCACAGUCUUCAGAAGCCCAUGUACAUCAUCAUGGUUAGCCUGGCCCUCUCAGAUAUUGGCUUUACCACAGUGGCUUUACCCAAACUAAUUGCUCGCUACUGGUCAAAUGAUGGGAGUCUUGGCUUUCACACUUGCCUCUUCCAAAAGCACAUGAUCCAUUAUUUUGGUUCCUUGAACUCCCUGAUUUUACUGACCAUGGCCCUGGACCGAUAUCUUGCCGUUUGCUUUCCACUCAGAUACCCGAUGAUGAUGACAAACAAUACGAUGUCAAGCCUCACACUCUUCUGCUGGGUGUUGGCGCACAUCUUCCCUGGCAGUAGCAGCAUCAUCUUUGCCAUGAUGCCGUUUUGUGGGCCCAACCAAAUCAUAAAUGCCUUCUGCGACACCUUGUCUCUUACAGCUCUAGUGUGUGGGGACUCCAGCCAACAAUACAGCGCUGCAUUUGCUGGUGCAAUGUUUAUUCUUUACGGCCCUUUAGCCUUCAUCAUCUUCUCUUACAUUUGCAUCAUCAUCUCAAUAUUGCGCAUGGCCAAUGGACAGGGCAGAAUGAAGACCUUCUCUACCUGUGCCACCCAGGGCUGUAUCAUUUCUCUCUACUACAUACCACGUUUCUUUGUCUACUCAACACCUUUCUUCCCUAACCUGAAAAUGACCCCUGACAAGCGUAUAGCCACCACCCUCAUCUACAGUCUUUUCCCUCCGCUGAUCAACCCGCUCAUCUACUGUCUGAGAACCAAGGAGAUCAAGCAAAUAUUGACACGCUGGGUCCAGAGACGAAGGGAUGUAACGCCUACGAAGCAUGGCCAAAUUUUCACUGUCACCAAGUCACAAUGACAAGUGGUCCGUGACCUUGUUUUGUUGCUAAUAAAUGUUUGCAUUAGUAUAUAUGGUAAUAUACAUGGAAAGAGGUUCAAUAGACUGGAAAA